AUGAUCAUCCGGACCAGGCGGUCUGCUCUGACCAGCCCUCCGCACAACCCCAGCCUCCCUGAGCCGCACCCCUCCCUGCCUCCAGAGCACCACUCCCAACUGGACCUGCACCGGUUUGUUCUCAGUCUCGAGAGCAUCAGUGGACAGCUGGCUAAAAGUCAACAACCUAACUACUGGAGCUUUAAGAGCCGUAGCCCGCGCCACUCCCAGUCCACCCAGUCGGGGCUAGCGGACCAGGCAGCAAAGCUGUCGUUUGCGUCGGCGGAGUCUCUGGAAACCAUGUCUGAGGCCGACAUCCCGCUAGGGUUCAACCGAAUGAACCGCUUCCGCCAGAGCCUGCCGCUGUCCCGCUCCGCCAGCCAGAAUAAGCUGCGCUCCCCAGGCGUGCUGUUCCUGCAGUUUGGCGACGAGACCCGCCGUGUCCACAUCACCCACGAGUUGACCAGCCUGGACACCCUGCACGCCCUCAUCGUGCACAUGUUCCCCCAGAAGCUGACGGCGGGCAUGCUCAAGUCCCCCAACACGGCCAUCCUGAUCAAGGACGAGGCCCGCAAUGUCUUCUACGAGCUGGAGGACGUGCGUGACAUCCAGGACCGCAGCAUCAUCAAGAUCUACCGCAAGGAGCCCAUCUACGCCUCCUACCCCGCCGCCCACCUGGCCAACGGAGACCUGAGGAGGGAGAUGGUGUACUCGUCCCGUGACUCUUCCCCCACCCGCCGCCUCAACACCCUCCCCUCCUCGACCGCCUCGCCCCCCUCGGCUUCCCCGUCCCGCUCGCGCCUCUCCUACAGCGGGGGGCGCCCUCCCUCCUUCGCCGGGCCGGGGCACCCCCAGCACCAGCAGCAGCCCCAGCACCCCCACCACCCGUCGGGGGGCCACCACGGCGGCGGCCCCAACGCCGGCCUCUCGCCCUCGCCCAGCGCCAUCCUGGAGCGCCGGGACGUCAAGCCCGACGACGAGGGCUCCGGGAAGAGCAUGAUGCUGAUGAAGAACGAAGGGCUGUACGCCGACCCGUACAGCCUGGUCCACGAGGGCCGUCUGAGCAUCGCCUCCACGCAGUCGCUGGCCGCCAUCGGGGACCCCUUCGCCUUCCCCGUGUCCGGGGGCCUCUACCGCAGAGGCUCCGUGCGCUCGCUCAGCACCUACUCCACCGCCGCCCUGCAGGGGGAGCUAGAGGACGCCCUGUACAAGCCCGGGGGGCAGCUCUACUCAGACACCUACUCCUCAGCCACCCUGGGCAUGGGCUUCCGCAUGCCGCCCUCCUCCCCGCAGAAGAUCCCAGACAUGCAGCUGAGGGACAGGGACUACUCGGGCUCCCCCAGCAGGGCCUCCCCGGUCAGGCAGGCCUUCCGCAAGGACUCCGCUUCCUCCUCCGUGUUUGUGGAGAGCCCCAAAUCCAGGCCCAGCUCCGGCUCGGAGCCGCUGUGUCUGACGGCCGGGCCGGGGGCCGACGGGGGCAGGAGCACGCCUGGGUUCAGCUCCACCAUGCCAGGCCAGGAGUCGGACGCCAGGACACGUAUGGAGCGUCUGGACAGGAUGGAGGCCAUGGAGAAACAGAUAGCCAGCCUGACUGGCCUGGUACAGAGUGUACUGACCAGAGCACCCGACAGCGACAGCACAUGCGGCCUGCUGCGUCUCUGCAUGAUGGCGGGCUGCCCUCCGGACCAAGGGGCCGAGUUCUCACAGCCCUUCCCUUUCUCUUCCAGCGAGAAGACCGAAUCGGCCAGCGACGGCUCCGCCACAGGAACUGGCCGACUGAAGCGGAAAGCUCAGACUCCCUCGGCCCCGCUGGCCCUGAUGCCGCCCCCGCCCGCCAACGGCAGCCCGGCCAGCCGGCUCCAGAUGCAGCUCCACCUGCACGACCUGCAGCAGAACGCUACCGACCUGCGCAAACAGCUGUCGCAGCUGCGCAACAUGCAGCUUCAGAACCAGGACUCGGUGCGGACGCUGGUCAAACGCACGGAGGCGGAGCUUAGCGUGCGUGUGAGCGACGCGUUAAGGAAGCAGGAAGACCCCCUGCAGAGACAGCGCCUCCUGGUGGAGGAGGAGAGACUCAAGUACCUCAACGAGGAGGAGCUUAUCAUCCAGCAGCUCCAUGACUUGGAGAAGUCUGUGGAGGAGAUCCAGAAGGAUUCAUCUGUCAACCACAAGCUGGUGACGGCCCAGGAGCUGGAGGAGAAGGCUUCUGUGCUGAGGAGACUGGGAGAGACUCUCACUGAGCUCAAGAACCAGUUCCCCGGCCUGCAGAGUAAGAUGCGUGUGGUGCUCCGCGUGGAGGUGGAGGCUGUCAAGUUCCUGAAGGAGGAGCCCCACAGACUGGACGCCCUGCUGAAACGCUGCAAGACCGUCACAGACACUCUCACCACCAUGCGCAGGCAAGUCAACGACAGGGUGUGGAAGAAGCAGGACGACGCCGCCAGCUCGUUCUCCAAACACAACGAUGACUUCCGCAAGAGCAACAACUUUGACCUGCCCACCGGUACUCCUCUCGGCAUCAACGACCUGGGGGGAGGAGGAGGGGUAGGGGGCCUCAGCAGCCUGUCCAACUGGAGCCCUCACUCCAGUCACAGCCACGUUAACCCCUCCAGCCACCACAGGGACCACCACCCGCCUGUCCCCCACAAGGGCCGAGCCCUGGAGGAGCUGGCGAACCGCGCUGCCUCAGACAAGGCCGUGUCUGUGGAAGUCCGACUGGCUGCGGAACGAGACUGGGAGGAGAAGCGGGCCAGUCUGACCCAAUACAGCGCCCAGGACAUCAACCGGCUGCUGGAGGAGACCCAGGCAGAGCUGAUGAAGGCCAUCCCUGACCUGGACUUUGCCGCCAAGCAGAUCAAGCCCUCCUCCAACACGCCCUCUCAGACGCCCCACAGUGGGACCCUGGAGCACAGGUCCACCAAGCCCCAGCACGCCAAGCUGUCUGGGAAAGAGCCCGGCUCCAGGCGUGGCUCUGAUGAGCUGACGGUGGGGCGCUAUCGCACGGAGAAGCCCUCCAAGUCUCCUCCCCCACCGCCGCCCCGACGCAGCUUCCCAUCAUCCCCUGGGCUGACCACCCGCAGCGGAGAGACCCUCAUCCCGGGCAAGAGUAUAAAGAUGGAAUCGGAAGACGGCGAGACCCAGAAGCCCCACGUGAAGCUGCGGAGGGCCGUGUCGGAGAACCCCCGCCCUGCGUCCACCCCGCCCAACCUGGCAACCGGGGACAAGGAGGAGACCGAGGAGGACAGAAUUGCUGCUGAACUGGAGGUACUGACUGGACUGUCACACCAGCAACAAAUUGACAAAGAAAUAUCUUUGGUCAAGAUCCUCAAUAUUAGUCGAACAUGGGAGAAUACAGACACACACACACACACACACAUACACACACACAUACACACGGCCGCUGUGGGCCUCAUUACCACUGACAGAUUGGUGUUCAGGUCAGGCCAAGGCAGCCGGUGCCAUAUGUCACCCGGGUCCCUGUCCUCCUCAGUGGAGGAUCGCAAAGAUCCCACUGCUCAAGCCCACACUCCACCAGGCAGCCUGGACAGAUCAGCCCAGCCUGGACAGAUGGACCCCUACGGGCCACCAGGAAGUGUUUGGGAAGCUCCGCUUGGCCAAUCACACACUUCCUUUGACUGUCAAACUCUACGUUGUGUGUAUCAGUUGUCCAGAGCUUCGCUGGACUGCUCUGUUCUCCGGUGGGAGCAGGGCGGAUCAGGGGGCAGAUCAGGGCCCAGAGGCAGCCCUCUGGCACCAGACACACAGGCACAGACUGUGGCCCUGCCCCGAACGGCCCUUUCCCCUCUCCCCCAGAUUGUGCUGACUGAGUGCUCGUCAGUUCCACCCUCUGCCUCUGAGGGUUCUGUCAGAGACCAAACACAGGGCCCGUCCCCAGUGAGCCAGACUCCAGUAGAGACUGGUCCCCAGAUGGUCUCCCAGACCCAGCCUUCCCAGGAUCCCAUGGGACAGCCCCAAAAGGCGGCCCCCGUCCGGGAGCACAAGAUCCAGGAAUCCUUUGAGGAAGUCGGGGAGAAGAGAGAGGAGCUGUCCCUGGUGCUGACUGAGCUGGACGUGAGGGCCAUGUCCCCUUCUGAAGCCCUGGACCUCGGCAGGAGCGCGGGAGCGCCUCUGAGGACACUGACUCUUCCGUUACAGGACAGGAAGGAGACCCUGGAUGUCAGCCUCAGUGAGAGUCCUAUCCUGGUGCUCUUCAGGGAGCCGCUGACAGUCAGGGAGGCCUACAGUCAGCUCCACACUCUGCUGGAAACACCCAGGCCAGUGCCCAAACCCAGGGCAGGGUCUUGCCCCAGCGGCCUGAGCCUUGUCUCCAGCCCCCCUAACCCCAGACUCUGCCUCCCCCCCGACCAGCAGGGCUCUCUGGGGGAGGCGUUGAGGAGAGGGAUGGAUACGGGAGUGAGGGCCCUAACUGUCAGCCACAGCACACUAGCCGAGGAAACCCGGAUGGACCAAUCCCAGCAGAGCCCAGCAGCUGCUCCAUUAAGGUCUAAUGGGUCAGCAGGUACGGAGGCGAGCCUGGCCAGAGCAGGCCAGAGGGCCCGGGGAGAGGACAUCCGCAGCAGCACCUACCGGAGGCUGGACAGCCUGGAGGAGACCAUCAGGGAGCUGGAGAUCACCCUGCUGGAGAUCAGCGGCCACCCCAGCACCCAGCUCCUCCACCCCAGCACCCAGCUCCUCCACCCCAGCACCCAGCUCCUCCACCCCAGCACCCAGCUGGUCCACCCCAACACCCAGCUCCUCCACCCCAGCACCCAGCUCCUCCACCCCCAGAACCCCUCCUCAGACGCCCCGCUGGGAGAGGACUCCACCCCAGGCCAGACCCCCAGCGCUCCAGCCUCAGAACAUCGGAAGCCUCCGGUCCCACCCAAGCCCUCUUUGUUUGUUCCCGCCAUAGCCAAGGGAGGGAACGGCUCCUCGGGUGUGGGUAAAGUCCUCCACUCGUCUGCUGCCUCCAGGCUGAAGCACCUGCAGCAGAACAGCACAGAGAAGACCAAGAGUGGCAAGAGAGAAGAAUUCCUCAAGAGUCAGACCCAGCAGCAGGCCUGGGGAAGCAACAGUGGCUAUGGCAGUGUGGAACCCCUUUUGUCUAACACCAGGGCUGCCAGUUUCUCUGGCCGCCUGCCCUCCAGCUCGGCAGUGUUUGCCCCGGGCCUGAGGAAGUAUCCCCAGGAGGGGGCGCUAUCCUCCCUGACGGCCUCCUCCAACCAGGCCAAGGCCCUGCUGGCCAGCCUGUCAGCCUCCGGCCUGUCAGCCUCCAGCCUGUCAGCCACCAGCCUGAGUGCGGAGGCCCUGCUCCUCUCCUCCACCUUCCGACACCACCGCCUCCUCCGUGAGAACCGCACCUCCUCCACCCCGCUGCCCCUGCCCAACGGGCGCCCCUCCUCGUCGUCCACGGCCACCACCUCCACCUCCCCCACCUCCCCCACCCUGUCCUUAUCCCCCUCCUCCUCCCCCACCCCCCUGACCUCCCUCAGCCUCUCCUCCCUGGGGCUGAAGAGUGGCGGCCGCGGCCUGCAGUGCUCCAGCGGCAUCACCAGCUACAAGGAGCGCGGCAGCAAGACACUGCCCAAGAACCUGUCCCCCGGUGGCUCCCAGUGAGGAGGAGGAGGGCGGAGGGGUGGAAGAAGGGGAACACCCUCAUGGCAACCCCAAAGCCGGAGGAAGGAAGACCACAACAAGCACACUAGGUUCUACACCCUUGCAGCAAAGCUAGUCUCGAUGGACUCUCCUUUUCAACUUAGUAUGUCUCAGCUACUUGUAGUUUCGCUUCAGCAACCAGGUUUGACAGAUCUCCUGUACUGUAAACAGGAAGGGAUAAGACGUCAAGGCUCAGUUCACUCCGCUCCUGGUCUGUUCUGUGGUUCCUCCCAGCCUCGCCCACACAGGGAGUGUACUGCCAGUUCCCCAAGCGGGGGGCUCGCAGAUGGACCUCCACCCCCUCCAACAGCCUGCUCUUGGGGGAGAGAGAGAGAGACUGCGCUGGUCCAAUGCAACCCCCAGCCCAUCCUACCGUUUGCCAAAUCCCACUCGAUGGAAUGUUUGUGGAGUAGAUGUAAUAACUUGACUGUGUGACUAAUGUUUUAGAUACAGAGUAGAGCUGCAAUAAUCAACAGUACAGUAGUCAUGUGUAAGAGUACCAAGACUGUCGUGUGUGUAUCACCUGGCUGAAUGGGAAGCUGUUCAGAAACAAAACAACACUGUUUUCUCUUCUGGGGCAGUUUCUAAAUGUUUCUCCGUCUCCAGGCGUCUGGCACCUCCCCUGUGUGGUACACUGGUGCUAUUACAGUGUUGUCUCUGUUUGUAGACACUAUGUGAAGGGUUUACAUGGUUGAAACCGCCCUCGUUCCCUGCGCCGUACAUUCCUCAUCUUAUUGCAGCUUCUCUGUCCUCCGUCUUACGGUCUUCUCAAUGGGACAUUUUUCUACAUGUCCGGUUCCCAUCUCACCCGGUCGAUCUAUGGUCCUAACUGUUAGCACGAUGGCAAUGGAAGACUGGUCUUAUGGAAUACAGUCAACACAAACAAGACCAGAGAGAUAAUUUUAACAAACAGUCUGUACAUAAAUAAGGCUCGAAUUUCCUUUUGAUGAGUGUUUGGCUAUAUCAAUAUUCUCAAUAUUAUAGGCACAGUGUUGUGAUAACACGAUAUAUUUGUUAGAUGCUGCUUUUAGAGGCACCAUACUGUAUGUAUAAAAAAAAGAAAUAGAAACUCUAGAAGAUGGCUCAUUAAAGAAUGUAGAAUGAGCAACAUGUUUAGUGAAUGAACUGUGAAUAUGACAAUCAGGAUGUAUCUUCAGAUUAUGUUAUAUCCUACCAUAACCUCUGCACGAUGAUUCGAAUCACAAAAACAACACACACACUCACACGCACAUGACACAAACGCUCGCAUCAAGGCACAGUCUCUCACACAUGGCAGCUGGAAAACGUUUUGUAAAGUCUGGUUUUAGAUUGCUUUUAGCUUUGUCCUGACAGGAGAACACUCGGUACUGUGUUUAGUACGUGUGGGGUAAGAAUGGAUUAGCAAUGCACAGGGACCAAAAUUAAAAGGCACAAUAGAAUAGGCACAAGAUCCUUCAGAAAUAGGGAUCAUGUUAAUGCGAGGAAUCGACACAAGAUGUAAUAAAAAAUAUAGCACAUAUUGUAUCUUACAAUAAAGAAAGAGUUUCUGUUAUGUCGUUAUUGUCGAAGAUGAAACUGCUUUCACCUAUACCCAGCCUCAGUUGUUAGAGUAGAAGAACGUACUAAGUGCUUACUGGUGUUAUGUGGAUAAUGCACUUGCUAGAAUGUCAGUAUGUUUGCCAGUAAUCUCCCAGCAGUAACUAUUGCGAAGCUCUCACUCUCUCUUCAGUGAUGUGUUAGAAAGGAUGCAGGAGGUCACAGAUGAGAAGCCAGAGACAAAGUGAAUCUUCAGUUGCUUGUCAGAUGAGUGUGCGGAAUCGAUUCGUUGUGGCUUUGAGAGGAAAACGUCAGCUAGUCCACUGGAACUCAUGUCAAGUGCAGGCAGCUUGAGCAGAGAAGAUUGGUUUGGUAUUGUUUUUUUAAAAUAUAAUCCACUGAAAGAUUCCAAGAAUAAAAUUGUUGAAUGAAAAUUGUUUUCAGCAGGUACAGUGUAGGAGCUUUUGAAGUAAGUCAACAUGUUCACUCUCUGUUUUACAGUGCGUUGUUUGUAGAGGGACGUGUGCUGGUUGCGUACCUUCUGCUAGAUCUCUGUGGUGACAGUGUGGGUCUUCAUUACAAAUGUGAAACAGCGUCUAUCCUGCCAUUUAUCAGAGGCGAUGCCACAGUAUGUGCUGCUGGAUGGAUUUUCUUGGACCUCCUGAAAUGUUGUUACUAUCAGAGCCACCAAAGAGAAUUGUUCUUGUCUGACAGCGUCUGUCACUUGUCACUUUGUAUGUGUGUGUAUGUGUGUGUGUGUGUGUGCAAUGGUGGAGUUGGGGAUGAGGCAGGUUUCGUGUGACUACAGCACUAAUCACAUCAGCAGCUCUGACAGAAUAUCACUUUGGAUCAGAAGGAUCAGAUAGGGCACACAUUGGCUUGAUUGCGGAAAUAGAAACAGAGACUUAGAGAGGCCUGACUGGCAGGUUGUGUUGGACUGCAGUCGAGACGUUGCAAUAAGCACACAUCCUGGGCUCUGACAGCCAGCGCGGACGGUAGCUCACGGUCCAGUCCCUGAAGCCUCCACACUGGAUGGACUCCAGAUAUGCUCGGCUUAAGCUUGGGUUUUUUUUUAUAUCAAAUGAAGCCAAAUGAAAUAAAUUCGCUUACUCAUGCUGCUCCACACUCCAAUCCAUACACACAAUCCGUAACCCCCAGCAUUAGAUGUGGGUCUGGCCAGCCAUAGGGAAGAGGGUUGUCAUGCUUCUCUGCUUUUCCCCUGCAAGGUCUGAUGAAAGCCCCAGACCAGAGGGAUCGAGGUCGGUCUGGAGAUGCUGAUGAGAAGUUGUGUUAGGAGGGGAUGUGGAAAACACUGGCAAUCGGAAAAAUUAUUCAAGCAAACUUGAAACAAGACGUUAAAGAAUUAUACAUAUAUAAAUAUAUCUUCUGUAAGAUGUUUGUGUAUGAUAUUACUAUAAUUGUGAAGAAAGUGUGAUAUAUAUAUAGGCCUAGAUUUAAUGGUUAUAUGAAAUUGUAAAUGUAAAAUUUAGGUCAUCAUCUCUUUGGUUUUAUAUGGGUAACCAUUUUGUACAGCUUUUCAUUAGUACUGGAUUUCAUAAGUACUGGAUUUCACAUCAGCAGAUUAUUUAUUCAUAAACUAAACAUUUUUAUAUUGGUUUGAAAAUAUGUAUCUAUAUAGAUGACAGCCUAUGUAAUUAUACACUGGUGCUCAUUUUCAAUUCUGAGAUAUUUUUAUUGGUACUUUUAUUGAAUUUGCUUUGAAGAGUUGUGUGAGCUUGAAUUGUGCUUUGUCGUCUGUUGUUUGCCUCUUGGCCAGUGUUACUGUUCAGGUGUGAGGAAAACGUUCAGCUUCUUGGCCUUAGCACUCCGAGGUGUCCAGGUGAAGGAAACUGCUCCUAGACAUGUUCAUCAGUGCUCGUCUUAAGAGAACACACAGUUUGGUUUUGUCGCUUCACAAUGCACAGUUAUUUCUCUCUUUUUUUUGUUUUUUUCUCUCCAUACUCUCUUCAUCCUAGCGUUUUAGGAAAUUCAUCUCAUGUCAGUGCUGUUACUAAUCGGGGAGGUGAGGGAAAAAAGAUAGAGACAGACAGACGCAGAGAUAGAUACAGAAAUAGGCAGCAUACAGGGUGAACACUGAAUUUAAGCGAUGAGUAACCUUGGUUUACUUGUUGUAAUCUGAGCUCAGCUGAGGUGAAUUACUCAGUUUGGUUUUAAUGCUCGACUGUGAAAAGGCUGUAAGAGAGGACUAGCAUGACAGAGUACCCUCAGGUAGGCAUGGUGAUGCUAGACAGUCUAAUCUACCCUCCCGCAUCCCUGGGAUUAGUUUUCUUAGUAACAUUGUCAGUUGGAGAACACAAUCUUUUUUCUACACUGAAAGAGACUGUGUUUUGACCUAUGUUCUGUAGUGUGUAUAUGAGAUUUUUACUUGGAUGUGUGGAUGUUCUGGGCUAAUCUUGGCAUCAAAAAAGAAAAAGAAUCAACUUGUAAAUAGGCCGAGUCAUUCCUAUAGAGUUCAACCAAACUUUAUGUCCAAAAAAAUGUUUUAGGAAUAAAAAGACGAUGGCAACAAAGGUAUAUUUAAAAACAAUGCAUGUAUAGUCUAAAGCAAUCGCACGGUGCAGUUGAAAAAAAUUAUUGUCUUUGUUUUCCAAAAAAAAACGAGUGAAAGAAAGAGAGAAAGGUUUAGAGAAAAGAUACAUCACAAGGUUUACAACAGUAGAGAAUAUGAGUUUUUUAUGUCGGUAUAUCUGUGACAAGGGCAUGUUCAGUCUUACUGUGAUCUGUAAAGUGAAGAUGGUAGUGGUGACGAUGAUGAUAAUGGCAAGGGGUGAUGGGUGUUUUGAGAAUGAUCCAGAAUGCUUGACCGCACUGCACCUUCACCAGAAAACCGAACAAUACUGGUGCACUCUUUCCACAGAGUGAUUCUCCCAUUUGUAGAGAAGUGUUAUAUACAGAAUGAACAAUGCAGAAAAUAGAUUAUAUAUAUGAAGACAUAUAAAUAUAUAUAUAAAUAUAAAGGCCUACUGAUACUGGAGAUACUAAAUUAUUAGUGUGGAUGCCAUGAUAUUCUGUGAGAAAUGUGCUUUUUUUUUCUUGUGAGAAGACUGGCAGUAUAUCUGCUUCCUUUGUAUAUACUUGCUGUGGUUGUGUGUCUAAUAAAGU